AUGCCUAAGCAGGCAUCCAGCAAGAAGGACUGCACAGGAAUAUGUCAUUUAUGCCUUGCGGGGAGGCCCCGCAUCCCAUUCGAGGAUUACAGUAAAAAUGGUGUCUGGCAGUUUUCAGUGCAAGAGGAAGAGCCUUGGCAACUACGCCCUGAGAUCCUCAGGUGCCCUCACGACGAGUCCUUCCCGGAAACGUUCUUCGCCAUUGACCCCUGGCACAGCUUUCACCUGGGCGAGGGUCGCAACUUAGUGGCCAACGCUGUCCAGCUCAUGCUUGACUUCGUUGAUGGUGAUUCGGUUGACCAGCAAUUGAACCUGCUUUACCUGGACUACAAGCAAUAUUGCAAGAGGAAUUCCAACCAGGUGUAUGCACUGCGUUUUACCAAAGAACUUUUUAGUUUGAACAAGAACGAUUACCCGACUGGCAGCUGGACGAAAGGAAACCUCACUACCAGCCUAGUGAAGUGGGUUGCGUACUUUUUCAGAUCAAAGAGAAAUACUUUUGCAGAAGGAUCUUUGCAUAUGAAGCUGGCUGACGCUGCUGCGGCGAUAAACGAUUGCUUCUCCAAGCUUUAUUUGGCACCAUUGUGGGUGCCAAGGGGUGAAGCUUAUGUGAUUGCCAACCUUGGCUUCAAGUAUUUGGAGCUGUUCAUGGAACUAGCUAAGCAAAGCCGUGAGGAGAAUCGGAUGUUGUUCCUGCUGAAUCCGAAGGGACACAUGCUAAUGCACGUGUUCAAGACUAUGUUGUGGGAAGCUGACCUUGCAAGUGAGAUUCUGAAUCCACUCGCGAUGGGUGUCCAAUUGGAGGAAGAUCUAGUUGGCAAGACUUGCCGCCUGGUGCGUCAUGUGACCAAUGUGAGUUCUUCUUUUGCUAUGAAACGCACUUUUCAACGCUACCGAGCCGCUGCGUUUGUUGCGUGGGCAGAGUCUAAGAUGGUGAUUCGAGCCUAG